CCAAUGGAUGCUGAAAGUCAAGUAAACAUAACUCCAAUGGAGGAUUGGGCGAAUUCUUCUAGACUUGCUUGUGAAUUCUCAAACUGCCGCAACAACUUUCCAGACCUGGAGGACAGCACCAAGCUGGUGGGAGUGCAAGUGAUCCUCAUCUUGGCUUACAGCACCAUCAUACUGUUCGGAGUCAUCGGGAACUCCCUGGUGAUAUACGUGGUGUACAAGUUCAAAACUCUGCACACCGUCACCAAUUUUUUCAUCGUGAACCUGGCUGUGGCGGAUCUGCUAGUGAAUACUCUAUGUCUGCCCUUUACUUUGAUCAAUACUCUCCAUGGGGAGUGGAGGUUUGGCCAGGCAUUGUGCUUCAUGCUGCCCUUCUCCCAAGGCAUGGCCGUGCACGUUUCCACCAUCACGCUCAACAUCAUCGCCCUGGACCGCCACCGGAGCAUCGUCUACCACCUGGAGACCAAGAUGUCCAAGGAAAUGUGCGCCGCUGUCAUCAUCAUGACGUGGGCCAUAAGCGCAGUCCUGGCCAGCCCGCUCGCCAUCUUCCGGGAGUACGGGACGUUUGACCUUUCGCCCGAGCAGUCCAUUCAGGUUUGCACGGAAAAGUGGCCAGGGAGCGGCAUGGACGGGACCAUCUAUAGUAUCUCCAUGCUCCUGCUCCAGUACUGCCUGCCGCUGGCCAUCAACUCCUUCGCCUACAUCCGCAUCUGGAGUAAGCUGAAGAACCACGUGAGUCCGGCAGGGAGGAACAACCGCCACCAGCGCAAGAGGAAGACCACUAAGAUGCUGGUGAUCGUGGUGGUGGUGUUUGCAGUGAGCUGGCUGCCUCUCCACGCCUUCCAGCUGGCCAUUGACAUUGACAACAGUGUCUUGGAAAUGAAAGACUUCAAGCUGCUUUUCACCAUGUUCCACAUCGUGGCCAUGUGCUCGACCUUCGUCAACCCCAUCCUCUAUGGGUGGAUGAACAACAACUACCGGACUGCGUUUUUGUCUGUGUGUAAGUGCAGCCAACCUGUCAAUUCUGGGUCGAGGAACAUCAUGAGCAGAAAGACACUGAGGGAAAGAGACAUGAGCGAUACAGAUUUCAAAGCGACUAAAGUCUGAAUUCAUCAUAUCAACUCUAAUGUCUGUUCUGUGCAACCUACUGUAAGAGUGAAUUAUGGAUAAUUUGUC